AUGGGUGGGAAGCAAACUCGUAGUUUCUCCAAAGAAGAGCUGAAUGAGGUGAACGUGAGUCAAAGGAGGAGAAGUGCUGGGAGAGACGACUAUCCCUGUGUGUCCUCGGCCGCUGAGAGGAUCCGCAAACACGCCACCGUGCACUUUGGCUACAGCACCCUUAGCCUGGCCAUGCGGGGGCUGGGCGAGACCCCCGCCGAGUUGUGGGAGCUCCGAGAGCUGGAGAAGCUAAACUUGUCUAUGAACUGCCUGUGUUCUCUGCCCCCUGCCCUGGGCGCCCUGGAUAAUCUGGUGAUCCUCAACCUGUGGGGUAACAAUCUGUCCAGCCUUCCCCCGGAGAUCGGCCUCCUGAAGAAGCUGCGGGUGCUCUUCGCCUACCGCAACCGUCUGAGCGAGGUGCCCGAGGAGCUGGGCUCCUGCACCCGCCUGGAGGUGCUCAGCCUGGCCAACAACCAGAUCACAGGCCUCCCUAACAGUUUGGCAGCCAUGCGCAAUCUGACCAAGCUCAACCUUAGCUACAACCGCAUGGCCCACAUACCCACCUGUAUCUACAGCAUGAAGGGUCUAGUCUUCCUGCACCUGGCUGGUAACCGACUGGAGACUAUUGCAGACCAGAUCCAGGACCUCGUCAACCUUAAGAUCCUCAUUGUGGAGGGAAACUGUAUCCACACACUGCCUAAGACCCUGUGCUUCUUGGAGUCUCUGGAACUCCUUAAUGUUGACUUCAAUGAUCUGCAGAGCGUGCCGGUGGAGAUGUACCUGCUGAGCAGGCUGGGGAAGUUGGCCUGCCACCCACUGGAUAAGGGACUCCACAUUGUCCAUAACCCCCUUCUUAAGCCAAUUCAGGAGGUGCUGCAAGGAGGUCUUAGUGCCCUCUACAACUAUCUCAAGCCCACAUGA